AUGCCUUGCUUCGCUACUCAGAUCUCGAGGGUCAGCCCAAGAAAGGUACGUCCUGCCCUUGACAUGCUUGGAUCUGGCACUGAGAUUGGAUGCGGAAAAGAAACACCAGGAUGGAUUCGCCUUGCGCAGGAGCAGCAGCUUGAUCCGAGGCACAUGAUAGCUCCCCGCUGCACGGCGAUAGCGUGGUCAUGCGUCAUAUACAGAGCGCGCCGUGUGUUGCGUGUCUGGAAAGAAAUCCAGCAAAAGUCUUUGGCGGGUGAAGAAGACAUCGAGGAACUUUUGGGGCAGCUUACUGAGGAGCAAGACCAAUACCAGCGUCUCCUUCUCCAGACAAGCCAGACUUUUGGGAUUGAUCAACCGGACAAAUCCUUCCAGAGGCAUCUCCUGCCCAGCUGGAGGACUCUUCUAGGACCUGAGGACGAUGCCAUCUUCGCCGAGGAGAUGAAGCGCGACUGGGUAUCACUCUCGCAGCCACAAAAGCUUGAUCAAAUGGUCAGCCGCAUGCUCGCAACCAGGAUUGGACGAUGGGUCUUUGUAAGUAUAGCCCGUCAUCCCGACUCCUUGAUGGAAGGUAGUGACACCCAACAGAGACCGUUCUUGGCCGGGAAGGAGAAGAUCGGGGGGACCACGAUGUACAACUACCACGAGGGUCUCAUAAAAGCCCUGAUUUUGGUUGGUUUCAGCUGCAUUAUCGGUGUCUUCGCAUGUGCUCCCGUGGCCAUCCAGUCCCUCAAUGUCAACUCAGUUGCGGGAGAGGUAGCUACAUACCUUGUGUUCAUGAUCGUCUUUGCCUGGUUGAGUCAAGCCCUUCUCCGCGGAGACGAGAAGAUCCUUUUGACCUGCCUUGCGUAUGCUGCCCUCAUGGCGACUGUGAUGAGGCAGGGCGAAUAG